AUGACAACUAAGGUGCUGCACCUUGAAUUAGUAUCGGACCUGACCACAGACGCCUUUUUGGCUGCCCUAAAAAGAUUUAUCGCCAGGCGUGGUAGAUGCAGCGUUUUGUAUUCCGAUAAUGGUACGAACUUUCAAGGAGCGGCUCUUGUGCUAUCAGACAUGUAUAAACUGGUGCAGUCCCAAAGUCACAACAAAAAGGUUGCAGAAAUGUUGGCUGGAGAAAGCAUCGAUUGGAAGUUUAUUCCUCCUUACAGCCCUCACUUUGGUGGGCUUUGGGAAGCGGGGGUUAAAUUAGUAAAACAACAUCUUCGGCGAGUAGUUGGUGAUAGUGUCCUUACCUUUGAAGAAAUGUGUACCUUGCUAGCCCAAUUCGAAGCCCUUUUAAAUUCUAGGCCCCUUUGUGCUUCUUCCGAUUCAGAUCUUGAUCCAUUAACGCCUGCUCACUUUCUUAUAGGUAGACCUUACACGGCGAUUCCCGAGCCAAGUUAUUUGGAAUUACCCAUUAAUCGAUUGGGAAGAUGGCAGCUACUACAAAAUAUGAUGCAAGGCUUCUGGCGAAGGUGGCAUACCGACUACCUCACAUCUUUGCAGCAGCGACCAAAAUGGAGAGAAGACCUAAGAGAUUUUGAAGUGGGUGACAUGGUCAUUCUGAAAGAAUCUAACAUGCCACCAUCCCUAUGGUCCUUAGCAAGAAUAACCGCAGUUCAUCCAGGUGAAGAUGGACACGUACGGGUGGUUACAUUGCGCACCAAACGAGGCACUUUCAUGCGCCUUAUAACAAAACUUGCCCUCUUGCCAUGUCCUGAAAUUCCUUCAGCGGGGGCGGCAUGUUGA